CUCUGCUCUGGGAUCACUCCUGGUGGUGUUUGGGGGCCCAUGUCGGGUGCUGAGCUAGAACCCGGCUCCGAUGAAUGCAAGCAAUGUGACCAUGGCCCAGCAUGCGUCCACCAUCAGGCCGCGCCGGAUCCAGAACCAGAACGUCAUUCACCGCCUGGAGCGCCGGCGCAUCAGCUCGGGCCGCGCGGGCACCCACUGGCACCAGGUGCGGGUCCUGCACCAGAACGUCUUCCCCAACUUCACCGUGGUGAAUGUGGAGAAGCCGCCCUGCUUCCUGCGCAAGUUCUCCCCCGACGGCCGCUACUUCAUCGCCUUUUCUUCCGACCAGACGUCGCUGGAGAUCUACGAGUACCAGGGCUGCCAGGCAGCUGAGGACCUGCUGCAGGGCUAUGCCGGCGAGACCCUGGCCAACGGCGGUGCCGGCGACCCGCGCUCCGCGGGCGUGCGUGGGCGCCUCUUCGAGCGCUUCUUCGCGCUGCUGCACAUCACCAGCGUGGCGGCCCACGGCGAGCACCUGAACCGGGAGUGCAGCCUCUUCACUGACGACUGCCGCUGCGUGAUCGUGGGCUCGGCCGCCUACCUGCCGGAUGAGCCGCACCCGCCCUUCCACGAGGUGUACCGCAACAGCGAGUCCGUCACGCCCAACCCGCGCUCCCCGCUCGAGGACUACUCGCUGCACAUCGUGGACCUGCACUCGGGCCGCCUGUGCGACACCCGCACCUUCAAGUGCGACAAAGUGGUCCUGUCCCACAACCAGGGCCUCUACCUGUACAAGAACAUCCUGGCCAUCCUCUCGGUGCAGCAGCAGACCAUCCACGUCUUCCAGGUGACGCCCGAGGGCACCUUCCUGGACGUGCGCACCAUUGGCCACUUCUGCUACGAGGAUGACCUGCUGGCCGUCUCGGCUGUCUUCCCCGAGGUGCGGCGAGACGGGCCGGCGGGCAUGGCCGGCCCCUUCCGGGACCCCUUCAUCAACUCCCUGAAGCACCGGCUACUGGUGUACCUGUGGCGCCGGGCCGAGCAGGACGGGAGCGCCAUGGCCAAGCGGCGCUUCUUCCAGUAUUUUGACCAGCUGCGGCAGCUGCGGAUGUGGAAGAUGCAGCUUCUGGACGAGAACCACCUGUUCAUCAAGUACACGAGCGAGGACGUGGUCACACUGCGCGUCACCGACCCAUCCCAGGCCUCCUUCUUCGUGCUGUACAACAUGGUGACGACAGAGGUGGUGGCUGUGUUUGAGAACACCUCGGACGAGCUCCUGCAGCUUUUCGAGAACUUCUGUGACCUGUUCCGCAAUGCCACACUGCACAGUGACGUGCAGUUCCCCUGCUCCGCCUCCAGCAACAACUUCGCCCGCCAGAUCCAGCGCAGGUUCAAAGACACCAUCGUGAAUGCCAAGUACGGGGGCCACACGGAGGCCGUGCGCCGCCUGCUGGGCCAGCUGCCCAUCAGCGCCCAGUCCUACAGCGGCAGCCCCUACCUCGACCUGUCUCUCUUCAGCUAUGAUGACAAGUGGGUGUCCGUCAUGGAGCGGCCCAAGACUUGUGGGGAUCACCCCAUCAGGUUCUACGCGCGGGACUCGGGGCUGCUCAAGUUCGAGAUCCAGGCGGGCCUGCUGGGCCGCCCCGUCAGCCACACGGUGCGGCGCCUGGUGGCCUUCACCUUCCACCCCUUCGAGCCCUUCGCCAUCUCUGUGCAGCGGACCAACGCCGAGUACGUCGUCAACUUCCACAUGCGCCACUGCUGCACCUAGGCCCCCUGCCUGGCCCCCUCCUUGUCUCGGGACCCAGAAGCAGAAUCGGGGCCUGGUGCCGCAUCUCCCGCGUGGACUGGGCCUUUGCUCUGCGCCACGGCAGCAGACUCGGGCCAUCGCCCUGGUGCGUGGCCGGGUGAAGCGUCCCCCGGCCCCUGCGUGCCGAGCACGGCCACCUCCUCCCUGCGCUGUGCCCAGCAGGGCCAUCUUUGUAAGGGAAUAAAGCGUCUGUAUUUUCUUAGCC